UUGGACUACUAAUCGGCGGAGCUAAGACCGACCUUACCGCGAUAGCAUUCGGAGAAACCCUUCGCUCCGUCUCUCCUUCCUCAAUUGCACUCUUCGGCGGGGGCGGGGGCGGCGGCAGCGGCAGCGGCAGCGGCGACGGAAGAAGCAGGGAAGUGGCAGAAGCGCAGCGAUGAGUGUGUGGAACUAUGUGGUGACGGCUCAUAAGCCGACCAACGUCACUCACUCAUGCGUCGGCAACUUCACCAGUCCCCAAGAGCUCAACCUCAUCAUUGCCAAAUGCACGCGCAUUGAGAUUCAUUUGCUUACUGCUCACGGGCUGCAGCCUAUGUUGGACGUACCUAUAUAUGGAAGAAUUGCAACACUUGAACUCUUUCGUCCUCAUGGUGAACCCCAGGAUUUUCUUUUCAUUUCUACAGAGAGAUACAAAUUUUGUGUCCUUCAAUGGGAUCCAGAUACAUCUGAGCUUAUUACUAGAGCUAUGGGAGAUGUUUCUGAUCGAAUUGGUCGUCCAACAGAUAAUGGGCAGAUUGGUCUAAUUGAUCCUGACUGUAGAUUAAUCGGUCUACACCUAUAUGAUGGACUAUUUAAGGUUAUACCAUUUGAUAAUAAAGGACAGUUAAAGGAAGCUUUUAACAUCAGGCUUGAAGAACUUCAAGUUCUGGACAUAAAAUUUCUCUAUGGAUGUUCAAGGCCUACAAUUGUAGUCCUAUACCAGGAUAAUAAGGAUGCUCGACAUGUUAAGACAUAUGAAGUUGUGCUCAAGGAUAAGGACUUUGUUGAGGGCCCAUGGUCACAGAAUAAUCUUGACAACGGGGCUGGCCUUCUGAUUCCUGUUCCCAUGCCACUUGGUGGUGUAAUAAUUAUAGGGGAGGAGACUAUUGUUUAUUGUAAUGGUACUAUCUUUAAAGCAAUACCUAUCAGACCAUCGAUUACAAGAGCCUAUGGAAGGGUUGAUGCCGAUGGGUCCCGGUACUUGCUUGGUGAUAAUGCUGGCCUUAUACAUCUUCUUGUCAUAACACAUGAGAGGGAAAGGGUAAAUGGCCUGAAAAUUGAGCACUUGGGAGAGACAACUGUUGCAUCGACAAUAUCAUAUCUUGACAAUGCAGUUGUAUAUGUUGGUUCAAGCUAUGGUGAUUCACAGCUUAUAAAACUGAAUCUGCAACCUGAUGCAAAGGGCUCAUAUGUUGAAGUUCUUGAAGCGUAUGUCAACCUGGGCCCCAUUGUCGAUUUCUGUGUUGUUGAUCUAGAAAGGCAGGGUCAGGGUCAAGUUGUUACUUGCUCUGGUGCUUAUAAAGAUGGCUCCCUUCGGAUAGUUCGAAAUGGAAUAGGGAUUAAUGAACAGGCAUCUGUAGAACUCCAGGGUAUCAAAGGGUUAUGGUCCCUACGCUCUUCUAUUAAUGAUCCAUAUGACAGUCUCUUGGUGGUUAGCUUCAUCAGUGAGACUCGUGUCCUUGCUAUGAAUAUGGAUGAUGAGUUGGAAGAAUCAGAGAUUGAAGGGUUUUCUGCAGAAGAACAAACUCUGUUUUGUCAAAAUGCUAUCCAUGAUCAGCUUGUUCAGGUAACUGCUACUGUUGUUCGAUUGGUAAGUUCUACCACAAGGCAGUUGUUGCACGAAUGGAAUGCACCAUCAGGUUACUCGGUCAAUGUUGCCACUGCUAAUGCCUCACAGGUUUUGUUGGCAACUGGUGGUGGUCAUCUUGUGUAUUUAGAGAUUGAGAAAGAAAAGUUGAUUGAAGUAAAACAUAUACAAUUGGAAUAUGAGAUAUCUUGCCUUGACAUAAAUCCAAUAGGUGAAAAUCCAAAUUAUACUACAGUAGCAGCAGUCGGAAUGUGGACUGAUUUAACUGUCAGGAUAUUUUCACUUCCAAGCCUAGAGCUACUUACAAAAGAAAAUUUGGGUGGAGAGAUCAUUCCUCGAUCAAUUCUUCAGUGUACUUUUGAAGGGGUAUCCUACCUUUUGUGUACCCUUGGAGAUGGUCACCUCUUAAACUUUCUUCUGGAUAUUAAUACUGGUGGGCUAUCUAAUAGGAAGAAAGUUUCUCUUGGUACUCAACCUAUCACACUCAGAACUUUUUCUUCAAAGGACACCACACAUGUGUUUGCAGCAUCAGAUAGACCUACAGUCAUCUACAGCAGUAACAAGAAGUUGCUUUAUAGUAAUGUUAAUUUGAAAGAAGUCAGUCACAUGUGCCCAUUUAAUUCAGCUGCUUUUCCUGACAGUCUAGCUAUCGCUAAGGAAGGCGAACUAUCAAUUGGUACGAUAGAUGAUAUUCAAAAGCUUCACAUUCGUACAAUUCCUUUGGGGCAACAUGCUCGUCGUAUUUGCCAUCAGGAACAAUCACGAACAUUUUCAAUUUGUUGUUUCAAGAACUGCCAGAUUAGUAAUGAGGAGACUGAAAUGCAUUUCAUUCGCCUGUUGGAUGAUCAAACUUUUGAGUUCAUGUCAAUUUUUCCGCUCGACUCUUAUGAAUAUGGUUGCUCCAUCAUCAGCUGUUCAUUUUCAGAUGAUAAUAAUGCAUACUACUGUGUUGGAACUGCCUAUGUUUUGCCUGAAGAAAACGAACCUAGCAAGGGGCGAAUCCUGGUUUUUGCAGUGGAAGAUGGGAAGUUGCAAUUAAUUGUUGAAAAAGAAACUAAGGGUGCAGUUUACUCACUCAAUGCUUUCAAUGGCAAAUUGCUAGCUGCCAUUAAUCAGAAGAUCCAACUAUACAAAUGGACACUUAGAGAAGAUGGAUCACGUGAGUUGCAAACUGAAUGUGGACACCAUGGGCAUAUACUUGCUCUCUAUGUACAAACUCGUGGAGACUUCAUUGUGGUUGGUGACCUGAUGAAAUCUAUAUCGCUGUUGUUAUACAAGCAUGAGGAAGGUGCAAUAGAGGAACUAGCUCGAGAUUAUAAUGCAAACUGGAUGUCUGCUGUUGAGAUUCUUGAUGAUGACGUCUUUGUUGGUGCUGAGAACAACUAUAACCUUUUUACAGUGCGCAAAAAUAGUGAUGCCGCAUCAGAUGAGGAACGGGGACGUCUUGAAGUUGUUGGGGAAUACCACCUUGGAGAAUUUGUCAACCGCUUCCGUCAUGGUUCUCUGGUUAUGCGUCUUCCUGACUCGGAAGUAGGCAACAUUCCCACUAUCAUAUUUGGCACAAUCAACGGGGUCAUUGGUGUUAUUGCAUCUUUGCCUCAUGACCAAUAUGUUUUCUUUGAGAAGCUGCAAGCCAACCUUGUGAAGGUAAUAAAGGGUGUGGGUGGCCUUAGCCAUGAGCAGUGGCGAUCUUUCAACAAUGAGAAGAGGACAGCAGAUGCCAGGAACUUCUUGGAUGGAGACUUGAUCGAGUCUUUCCUUGAUCUCAGCCGCAGUCGGAUGGAUGAUAUAGCAACCUCGAUGGGAGUGACAUUGGAGGAGCUUUGCAAGAGAGUGGAAGAGCUGACGAGACUGCAUUGAAGAAUGUUAACACGGCUACUAAAUCAACAUCUUUUGGCCUACUGGGGUUGUUCAAUGUUGAUGGCGCUUUAGUUUCACAAACCCCAGCAGGAAACUAAAAAUUACUGUUUUACUGCAAAUGUCUAAUUUUUUUGUUUGUUUGCUUGGUCAUUUAGUAACCUUUUUGUUUAAAAAUCCCUUUUUGAUGGCC